AACCAGCCAAAGAAAAACCAUUGUCCUCUCCUCUCCUAGUCCCACUGAAACACAAUCUCUCUCUCUCUCUCUCUGAACAAAAUGGUAACCACCACCACUGUCCCAGACAACCUCACUAGAGACCAAUAUGUGUACCUCGCCAAGCUCGCCGAGCAAGCCGAACGCUACGAGGAGAUGGUCCAGUUCAUGCAAAAGCUGGUCCUUGGCAACACACCUGGCGGUGAACUCAACGUUGAGGAACGCAACCUCCUCUCUGUCGCUUACAAAAACGUGAUCGGCUCACUUCGUGCUGCCUGGAGGAUUGUGUCUUCGAUUGAGCAAAAAGAGGAAGGCAGAAAGAACGAGGAUCAUGUUGUGCUUGUUAAGGAAUAUAGAUCUAAAGUCGAGAGCGAGUUAUCUGAUGUUUGUGCUAGUAUUUUGAGGUUGUUGGACUCGAAUCUCAUACCAUCUGCUACUGCGAGUGAAUCCAAGGUUUUUUAUUUGAAGAUGAAAGGGGAUUAUCAUAGGUAUUUGGCUGAGUUUAAGGUUGGUGAUGAGAGAAAGGCUGCUGCUGAAGAUACUAUGUUGUCUUACAAGGCUGCUCAGGAUAUUGCGGCCGCGGAUCUUGCACCAACACAUCCAAUAAGGCUGGGUUUGGCACUGAAUUUCUCUGUGUUCUACUAUGAGAUUCUCAACCAGUCUGACAAAGCCUGCAGCAUGGCGAAACAGGCAUUUGAGGAAGCUAUUGCUGAGCUAGACACUUUGGGAGAAGAAUCGUACAAGGACAGCACUCUAAUUAUGCAACUCCUAAGGGAUAACCUCACUCUUUGGACAUCAGAUGUCCAGGACCAGUUAGAUGAGCCAUAGAAGGCCUCAUAAGUUCGACCGGUCCUAGUCUUAGUCUUCUUCAGGAGGAGGUGGGCUUUGAAUGUCAUCCAUUUUCCCUGAUUGCAAAGUGUGUUAAUUUGAGAGAAUCGGGCAUCACCCAUUUGACAUGAUGGUUUCUUAUUUAGACUAUUUUUAACUUGCUUUCGAAUUUCAAGCGCGUUGGAAAGGGUAGCAUAUGAUUUGGGUAUAUUUUAAUUAUGUAGCUUUUGUUUUUGUCAUUAUAGGCCACACCGUGUUUGAGUUUGGUUUAAUAGUGUUUUUGGCCUGAAAAAAUAUUACAUUAA